CACGAGCCCCGAGAGGAGGCCCCGGCCGCCACCCAGCGCCCCCCGCCCGGUCCCCGUCUCCCCGCCCUCCCGCAGACCGUCACCAUGAAGCUGAACCCGUUCGUCACCUCGGACCGCAGCAAGAACCGCAAACGCCACUUCCACGCCCCCUCGCACGUGCGCCGGAAGAUCACGUCGUCGCCGCUGUCCAAGGAGCUGCGGCAGAAGCACACCGUGCGCUCCAUGCCCAUCCGCAAGGACGACGAGGUCCAGGUGGUUCGAGGGCACUACAAAGGCCAGCAAAUCGGAAAGGUGGUCCAGGUGUACAGAAAGAAAUACGUCAUCUACAUCGAGCGGGUGCAGCGGGAGAAGGCCAAUGGCACGACCGUCCACGUGGGCAUUCACCCCAGCAAGGUGGUCAUCACCCGGCUAAAACUGGACAAAGAUCGGAAAAAAAUUCUUGAACGCAAAGCCAAGUCGCGACAGGUUGGAAAAGAAAAAGGCAAAUACAAGGAAGAACUGAUCGAGAAUGCAGGAGUGAGCGUGGCCGCCGUGCGGCCUCCCGUGUCUGAGCCUUUGUGCUUCCUCCCUCUUUUGUUACUGGCCCGUGGCUCUAUAAUCUGAUCUUUUAUACUUCUUGUGGAUUUAAUGAAUAAAAACUGGGCAUGUUCCUGA